UGAAUGGGACCGAUUGAAAACCCUACAUUUCUAAGAUUUGUGGAGCAGGAAACGUGCGUCUCAACCCACCCACAGCACAGCACACCUCAACUCCAUCGUCGGUCAUCUCCUUCCUUUCCUUCCCUCCCCUUAUUUACAUUUCUGCCAUUUGCCCUUCACUUUUGAGCUGUUUUCAUCAAUUAUUAUUACUAAUCAUCUUCUUCUUCUUUAUAUUCUGUUCCCCUCUACUUCCUCCUUAAUCAUUAACACCUUUUCUUGAUCAAACAGUCAAUUAUUAGUCAUUACCCCCCAAAAAGCUUUGACCUUUGAACCACCAUACCAUUGUCACUUUCACUUGGUAUUUGGGGACCAAAUUAAAGAUCUGUGAUCUGGGUGUUUGUUUCUUUAUCUGAUGUGAUGUGAAUUGAAUCGAAUUUGUUAAUUAAGAAGAAUGGCUACUUUGACCCCUGGGGUGCUGUUGAAGUUGCUUCAACAUAUGAACACAGAUGUGAAAGUUGCAGGUGAACAUAGAUCAUCUUUGUUGCAGGUUGUGAGUAUUGUUCCUGCUUUGGCUGGUGGUGAGUUGUUUCAGAAUCAAGGCUUUUAUCUUAAGGUAUCUGAUUCAUCUCAUGCCACUUAUGUUUCUUUGCCUGAUGAGAAUGUUGAUCUUAUUAUGAGUGAUAUGAUUCAAUUGGGUCAGUAUAUACAUGUUGAGAGGCUCGAAUCCGCCACCCCUGUUCCGAUUUUACACGGGGUUAAACCUGUUCCUGGCCGACACCAGUGUGUUGGAACCCCUGAAGAUAUUGUUGCCACUAAAAGUUCCUUAGGGUUUCUUAACAACAACAACAAUGGCACUUCUGGUUCCGGUUCCGGUUCCGGUUCCACAAAUGGUAAGUCAGUUGGUAAUACGACUAAUAUCAAAUUGGGGACCAAAAAGGACGGUAAUUCGACAACCACGAACGGUGUGGUGGAUAAUAAGAAAACCACAUCCACGUUGGUAAGAUCGAAAUCGCAGUUGUCGAAACUGGUAUUGAAUUCGACAGAGUCAAGGCAGUCUUUGGCGAAAGUCAAAGCAUCGAGUUCAAGGUCGAUACCGUCGUCUCCCACUAGUUGUUACUCUAUGCCUACUUCUUUUGAGAAGUUUUCGAGUGGGGUUAAAAAUCAGUCAAAGAUCAAAGGAUUGGAUAAAGAAAUCAGCAAGGUGAACUUAGGGGGGAAAGGAAGCGCCAGUCCGAGCUUAAAGAAAUCGGGGAUCGGAAGCUCCAUUAAGAAUUUUGUUCAGGGUAUUGAGUUGGGGCCCAAGGGUUUGAGAAAGAGCUGGGAAGGUAGUAUGGAUGUCAAGACUCCGAGACUGAAACUCACUAAGAGUGAUCCAAAGCCUGAAGCGCGAUCGACUUCUGUUCCAAGAAAAUCGACAACUGAAAGGAUGCCCUCCCCAUCUCCAUCUUCUAAAGAGGUAAAGACACCCGCAAAGACGGUUGACAAUUCCAAUAAUAACAUUAGGCAAAAACUGUCUUCCGGAAGGAAGUCAUCAGCAGAGGCCCCUACAAAUGGUCUACCUGGAAACCUGGUCAAAGUUUCGCUUAGUAACAGACGCUUGACUGAUGCUGCCGCUGCUUCUUGGUCUUCACUCCCCUCUUCUCUUGCAAAACUUGGCAAGGAAGUCCUCAAGUAUAGAGAUUCUGCCCAAACUGCUGCCAUAGAGGCCAUGCAAGAGGCGUCAGCUGUCGAAACCUUACUUCAAUGUAUAAGCAUGUAUUCUGAACUGCGUUCUUCUGCAAAAGAAGACAACCCGCAGCCUUCUGUGGAGCAAUUCUUGGCUUUGCAUGCCAACUUGAACAACGCUCUUCGCAUUUCCGAAUCAUUAUCCAAAACUACUCUGACCGGUUCAUCAUCAGAUCACGAAGAAAACCCAUCAGAAGAACAUUUGAAAGUAUCUUCCGAAAGGCGUAAACAAGCAGCUUCGUGGGUCCAUGCUGCCAUGGCUACCAACUUAUCAUCAUUCUCCGUGUACAGCAAACACGCCAAACUAACCCCGUUAAUCUCCCCAUCUUUGACCACUGAUUCAGCCGUCAAGACAAAUCGACCAGUGUUAGUACUUGAGGGGUCCACUAAUACAGCUUCACCAAAAACCCAAGUCAAACCCCGGCAGUCAAAGGCGGUUGUUAACCCAUCAACUCCGCGAAGGCAGAAUUUGGUUCAGCAAAAGGCGAAGGUGGUCCAACCUCCACCAGAAUGGGAACGAGGGGGUGGGUUCGAUGAGGCGGUCGACUUGGCACAGAAGCUAAAAAUGGAGUCUCAAGAUUGGUUUUUAGGGUUUGUUGAGAGAUUCUUGGAUGCUGACGUGGACACCUCCAGCUCUCUAUCUGAUAACGGUCAGAUUGCCGGCAUGCUGAGUCAGCUCAAGAGUGUAAACGAUUGGUUAGAUGCGAUUGGACGUCGCAAAGACGAUGAUGAUGAUGGUGAUGAAGAAAAAGAAAAGGAAGAAAGCUGUCAUAUCUCCCCCGAGACGAUUGAUAGGAUAAGGAAGAAAAUUUAUGAUUAUCUUCUAACGCACGUAGAAUCUGCUGCGGCUGCACUUGGUAAACCCUAAGCCAUACUGAAAAAACAUGAUUCCUCCGGGUGCAGUAAGUAUACUAUUGAAUUUUUAUUUGUAUAUAAUUUACUCAGCAGCUUGUUUGGGGGGGAGGUAUAGAAAAUUGAAAAUGAAUUGGAUUUGCUCUUGUAUGUCGAUUGUCAAAUAUCUUGUUUUUUCUGUUUUGUUUUGAUAACGAUGGUUCGGAUCAUGUUGGGAAAAUAUUUAAUGCGACAUACUUGUAUAUUAUGGUUCAUGUUCA